AUGCUCAAGCGACAACGGCCAACGUCGCCCGGUCCCUCUCCGGAUGCUGCAUUCUCGUCCGAGCCCGCACUGGACCACGACCUCCUCGAGCGGUUGGCUAAGCGCCGACGGUACUUCGCGCAUUCACGCGACGACGUCUUGCCGAAGGGUCGCUUCGACCGCGAGGCACAUGAUGAUGGGGAUGUCGACGAAGAAGAGGAUGUCCAUGAGGAGCGGCACCGCUCAGAACAUGCACAGGGAAAGGCGCAGUGGCAGGAGGAGGCGGGGCUGUAUAAGGCUGCCAAUACCUUGCUGCACGACUUGCAUGCAGAACAGAGACAUCGCAUGAUUUUUUCCUCCCCGACUGCGCCUACGUGCGGCACCUCCUUGUCGUCCCACGAACCGCACUUACCACAACCAUCACGUCAAUCACCAUUAUUCUCGACGAAUGCACCAAACAUCCGAAAUGCACCACACGAAUCGUUGAUGAAACAUUCAUCUGAUUACGUUCCUGACAAAGCUUCUACCCUCCUCACGAUGACUCCGUCGAUAGAUGAGCUUGAGGUCCAGAACGUCACCCAACGCUACGAGGAUACCAAUAGAAUACUUGGCUCUCUCUUUCUUAGCCGGAAGCACAAGCUGGAUGCGCAACAUGCGCAAGAGAGUACAGGAGCUUACAUAAAUUCUGCCUGA